AUGACUUCGCUAUCACUUGCAGGUAACAGGAUAUUCGGAAGCAUCCCAUUUGGGAUUCAAAACCUUUUCAGCUUAACAGAGUUGUCUAUGCAAUAUAACUUUUUAACGGGUGCGAUUCCCAUUGGUGUUGGGAAGCUUAACAAAAUGGAGGUACUUGCCUUCCGUACAAAUGAAUUAUCUGGAAAUAUUCCAUCUUCCUUGCAAAACAUGUCCCGGUUGUAUAAACUUUCUUUACACCAAAACAGUCUAACAGGGAGCGUACCUUCAAGUCUUGGAAAUUGUACAAACAUGCAGUUCUUGUACCUCUUUGAUAAUAAUCUUAGUGGUAGCUUACCCAAACAACUUUUCAGCUUUCCCUCUUUAAUUGAAAUCUUAGUUGGAAACAACUCGUUUAGCGGUGAUCUGCCAUUGGAAGCCGGAUACCUGAAAGCUCUCCAGAAUUUGAAUGUUUCGAAUAACAAAUUGUCAGGUGAAAUUCCAAGCACACUAGGUAACUGUCUAAGCCUAGAGUAUCUUGGGUUGGAUGGGAACUUCUUUCAAGGUUCAAUUCCUUCUACAUUUAGUACUCUAAGAGGCCUUCGAUCCCUGGAUCUUUCAGGCAACAACUUGUCUGGAAAGAUUCCGAAAUACCUGGAGAACCUUUCUGCUUUGGAAUACCUAAAUCUAUCUUUCAAUGAUUUCGAUGGUGAAUUACCAAAACAAGGGGUCUUUAGAAAUGCCAGCGAAGUUUCGGUACUCGGAAAUAGUAAGCUUUGUGGGGGUAUUGAAGAAUUGAAAUUGCCAGCGUGCUCUAGCCAAGCUUCCAAGAAAUUGGGGAUGUCUCUUGCUUCAAAAGUAAAAUUCUCAAUAAUUGGUGUUGUCCUGUGCCUUAUUUCAUUAUCAUGUUUCGUUACCACUCUGUAUUGGGUAAGAAAGUCGAGAAAGAAACCUUCUGUUCCACCGUCCGUGGAGGAUCCUUUCAUGAUCAUAUCAUAUGCAGACCUCUUUAAAGCGACAGAUGGCUUCUCUUCUGCAAAUUUGAUUGGCAGUGGAAGCUUUGGUUCUGUAUAUAAAGGAACACAAGAUGAAGAUGGAACUGUUUUCACAGUGAAAGUCCUCAACCUUCAACAGCAAGGAGCUCUGACGAGCUUCAUGGCCGAAUGUGAAGCUUUGAGAAAUGUUAGGCAUCAGAAUCUUAUUAAAAUCUUAACAUGUUGCUCAAGCAUUGAUUAUAAAUUAAGGCAACGAGUUCAAGGCUUUAGUUUUUGA